AUGUCAGAAAUAAUAACUCAAGCAAGGGCAUUAUUGCAAACAUCACAACCUGAGAAGGCGUUAGAAUUAUUACUAUCCCAAAUUGAUACUAAUAAAGAAUCAGUUCCUUAUUUAUCACUUCUUGGACAAACUUAUUUAGAAAAUAAUCAAGUUCAAGAAGCUUAUGAAAUAUUCACUACUGCAUGUACUAUUGAUCCAGAAGCAAAGGAAGGAGAAGAGAAAUUUUUAUGUUUAGGACAAAUUAUUGGAGGUAGAGAUGGGUUAAAUUCUAUUAAUAUUGCCAUUAAUGCAUUAAAAAAUAAAUUAGAAUCUUCAUUAUCUGAUUAUCCUAAAGAUUUAUACAAAUCAGAAGAAGAAUAUAAAACUGAUAUUAUUAAUAAAAUAACCCUGUCAAUUUCUUCUGAAAUUGAAAUUUGGAUGACUGAUUUAUGUAUGGAACCAGAAGCAGAAAGUAAAUGUAGUGAAUUGAUUGAGUUUUCCUUGAAUUUAGAUAAUACCAAUCCUGAAUCAUAUUCAUUAUUAUCAUCUAUUAGAAUUUCUCAACAACGUAAUCCAGAAGCAAUUGAAGCUUUAAAUAAAUCAUGGGAAUUAUUUAAACUUAAAAAGACCAGAUUAGAAGAAAUGGCAAAUAAAAAUGUUGAUCAAGAUGCUUUUGAUAUUGGUAUGGAAUAUGUUGAUUUGAUCCAACCAUUGAUUGCAUUGGCUAGAUAUGCUGUUGAAUUAGAACAAUAUGAUACUGCUAUACAAGUAAGUUCAGGUAUUCAAGAUAUAAAUGAAAAUGUCUUAGAUGCAUAUUAUAUUGAAAUUUUAGCUAAUAUUUCUAAAGCAAGACAAUUACUGAAUAAUCCAGAAAGUCAAUUGAAUGAAUUGGCAGAACAUGAAAAUGAAGAAGUUCGUUCACUUAUUCAAGAAACUAGACUUAGUUUGACUUCUGUUUAUAAGAUUUUACAAACUGAUCUUGCAGAAGAAUUCGAUAAUGAAUUGGUUGCACAAUUAUCACAAUUAAUGAAUGAAGUAGGUGGUCCUAUAAUGAGUGAAUUAAUGCCUUCCAGAAAGAAUAGAGACGAUGAUGACGAUAUUAACUGGGAUGAUAUUAAUUCUGAUGAAGAAAUCGAAUAG